AUCUCUAUAAUGCCAUUUGUCAAGGUGCAGUUAGCUUUAACCCGGAACUAUGUAUGCAGCUGUAUUUUCAGGACGAGACACUUUGGACGGAACACAUGAUAGACGUGCCUUGUCUCUUCUGCAUUUAACGUUAUGACCAAAGAUCAGUCUGGACCAAACUACAAGCUAGUCUCGCUAGCCGCCUACCAAAGAGACAUUUCCUGGACGAUUGAUGAGUUGUGAAGAUGAACACUCAUAAAGCUGCGUUGUGCAAGGUCCAUAUUUUAAAGUUAUUUCUGACUUCGGCAAGGUGCGGGAGGAUCACACGAUUCCAUGGUGUGUGUGGACUUUCCACCUCCACACCUGCCUCCAGUACCAAGGUGUGCAUAGUUGGAGGUGGCCCAGCUGGCUUCUACACUGCACAACACCUAGUCAAGACUCGGACAGAUGUUCAGGUGGACAUCUACGAGCGUCUACCCGUCCCCUUCGGCCUGGUCAGAUUUGGGGUGGCCCCCGACCAUCCAGAGGUCAAGAACGUCAUCAACACCUUCACCCAAACGGCCCAGCAUGCCAGGUGUAGUUUCCAUGGCAAUGUGAGAGUGGGGAAGGACGUCACUGUGGAGGAGCUUCAAGAAGCCUACCACGCUGUGGUGCUGAGCUAUGGAGCGGAGGGGAACAGGACAAUGGGUGUACCAGGGGAAGACUUGGCUGGGGUGUACUCUGCCAAAGACUUUGUCGGCUGGUACAAUGGGCUGCCUAGAAACAGUGAGCUUAGGCCGGAUCUGAGCUGUGAGACGGCUGUCAUUCUGGGGCAGGGUAACGUGGCACUGGAUGUUGCGAGGAUACUGCUAUCUCCUGUAGAUAUUCUGAAGAAGACUGAUAUCACCCAGCAUGCACUAGAUGCCCUGGCAGAGAGCAGUGUCCGCAGGGUGCUCAUUGUGGGGCGCAGAGGACCCCUACAGGUGGCCUGCACUAUUAAGGAGCUGAGAGAGAUGGUGAACCUGCCUGGCACCAGACCAGAGAUGGAGGCGUCUGAGUUUGAGGGCAUAGCAGAAACUCUUAAAUCGCUGGCCAGGCCCAGGAAGCGUCUGACCGAGCUGCUGCUGAAGGCUGCAAUAGAGACUCCAGGGGAGGAGGAGUUGGAGAGACGGAACAGGGCAGAGCGGGCCUGGGGAUUCCGCUUCCUCCGGAAGCCCCUGGAGGUCCUCCCCUCCACUGACCUCAUCAGGGCCGCAGGGAUACGAUUGGCUGUCAAUCGGCUGGAGGACGACGGUGAGGGGGUGAGGGCAGUGGCCACCGGUGAGGUGGAAGAUGUGGAGUGCGGUCUAGUCAUCAGCAGCAUCGGCUACAAGAGCCUUCUCAUCGACCCCGCCGUCCCCUUCGACGCCCGAAAAGCCAUCAUCCCCAACACUAUGGGCCGCGUGCAACAGACUGCAGGUCUGUACUGCAGUGGCUGGGUGAAGAGGGGUCCCACGGGGGUGAUAGCCACCACCAUGAACGACAGCUUUGACACAGCCAGGACUCUGCUACAGGACAUUGGUAAAGGAACACUGGAUGUAUCCACCGUCAAGCCUGGCUCACAGGGGGUCUCCGCCCUCCUGGAGAAAAGAGGUGUGAAGCCAGUUUCGUUCUCUGACUGGGAGAAGAUCGACAGUGAGGAGACGAGGAGGGGAGAGAUCAAGGGAAAGCCCAGGGAAAAGAUGCUGGACGUGGGAGAGAUGCUGCAGGUAGCCCGGGCAUAGGGACAAGGGACCACACACACAGGUCAUACGGAUCGGAGGACUCGACAACCAAGAAGUGAAUAAGAACCACUGACCACACACAACUCUGGUCCAACCCCACUUUUUAUGCCACCUACAGGCCACGAACUUGUCUGUCUAUGGUACACGCAUACGAUCAAUUUAGUCCCUGACCAUCAUGCAAUGCCAGUCAUACAAUACCCAAGUUCCAAGUUGACUUGCCCAUAUGUAAUAAAUACACUUUACAUCUUACUCACCAGAGCUCUCAUUGAAACAAUGGUGGUGUUUCACUGCAGUACUAGUGAUUUUAAUGGUUGUGGCUUGGCGCUAAUAAAAAUAGUCAGGGCCUGGUUUCCCGAUAGCGAUGGAAUUUAGGCAUACAAGUCUUUUAAUGAUGCAUCCAUAUUUCUGAAGAUGUAGUAUGUGUUCCUCAAUACCCCACGGAGAGAACGUUCGCUAAGUGCGUUGUUGAGGCAUGUGGCGAUACAGAUGGGAUCGAGACAAAAAAAAGGCAGUGCUGCUCUUGGAUCAGCGUUCUCCGUUCAAAUAACACCUUAAACAUUAUAAUUAUUCCACAAUACUGUCGAUGGAUCAGCUCAUGGAGAGAUUAUCGCCUAUGGCUGCAAAUCUUAAAACACUGGAUUUGGCACGUCAUUGUGCACAUUAGGCUACACAUCAUGAAAUAUAUUGAGUAAAAAGAAUAGACAGUAGGCUAAUAGCAAACUAAAACUAAAUUUAAUGAACAUUGAAGUUCCGUAUAUAGGCCUAUGUAGCUGUAGGUCGACUAUUUCUCUUUUAAUGCACUCGUCUGGGUUUUCAUUUGAAGCAUAUUUUUAUCCGUUGCUUAUUUGUAAGAAUUUUAAAGACAUUGGAAACAUUUAUUUAUAGACAACUUCGUUGUGAAGUUAUCGACCGACACAGAGAGACAAAUAUCUUGAUUCUAUGUUUAGCGGUGAUCUUCUGUGUAUAAAGUGACGCGGUAGGGAAAAACGCAUCUAAUUACGCACUUAGCUGUUCUACGAGUGGUCUGAGGGAGAAGGUAAAUAACAAGCGUUUUCAAGGGCAACUUUAGUAACGAUGGAUUUGGGAAACAACUCUGAGAUUUAACGAUGCCCCGUGAAGGUUCUAACAAUGAAUUUAGCUUUAAGAUGCCUUAUGAAAACUGGGACCUAGUCUCUGUUGCAUUUCCAUGAAGACUUACCCCCCACAUCAGUGUGUCACUACUGUUUUAUGUUAAUGUAACUGUAGUGUAAUUGUGUUUUCAUUAAGAGUGUGACACUAAAAACUUGGAUAGACCUGAAUCAACAACCUCUGCAUCAUCAAAGCCAGUUAAAGGUGUUAAAGUUCAGUUGGCCAUAAACACUGGGUGUAUAAAACAUUAGGAACACAUUCCUAAUAUUGAGUUGCACCCCCUUUUUGCCCUUGGAUCAACCUCAAGUCGUCGGGGCAUGGACUACAACGGGGAUGCAGGCCCAUGUUGACUCCAAUGCUUCCCACAGUUGUCAAGUUGGCUCGAUGUCCUUUCGGUGGUGGACCAUUCUUGAUACACAAGGGAAACUUUUGAGUGUGAAAAACCCAGAAGUGUUGUAGUCACCUUGUAUGAAAGUUUUUUUUUAAUACAUAUGUUUUACCGUUUUGAAAUGAAUGCACUUUAUGUACAGUGCCUAAAGAAAGUAUUUAAACCCCUUUAAUUUUUCCACAUUUUGUUGUAUUACAAGGUGGGAUUAAAAUAUUUUUGUCAAAGAUUUACACAAAAUGCUUGAAUGUCAAAGUGGAAGAAAAAUGUUAACAUUUGUAAAAAUACAGUACCAGUCAAGUUUG